AUGGAGGGAUCCGUUAUAUAUCAGCCCUUCCCUUCUCUUCCUCCUCUCUCCUUUCAUACCUCCAGUGCUUUCACCAUUGAUUAUACAAUGAAGCCUCCUUCCGACGCAUUGCGACACAGUCUUCAGAAGCUCGCCGAAGCGCGUGCCAACCGCACUACGACUACCUUACCUCCACCCCCAUACACCCUGUCCGUUUCCAGACCAACCGGCACAAGUGUCAUGACCGUGGACCAGUUGGAUCCAGGCGACUCUUACUAUCCUGAAGAGUCCACUCCAAUUACCAUCCAGAUUGACAAUUCAGUCAACGUGACCGGCAAUGAGAACACCAUCAUGCUGCCGGCAUCCGGGCUUCACACCCCCGCGAAUGAAAGUAGAAGCUCCCCCCAGAUGGGGCCACUGGCGGGGGUGAUCAUUGGCGCGCUGAGCCGCGCCAGUGCUCUCCGUGACGAUUCAGGAGCAGCACGACCCAUUAAUAUAACGGUGAACUCUGGGAUUCGCGUCCACGGCGAAAACAACGUCGUCUCUCGCAGAACCACCAAGCCGGAAGCUGAAUCUACGAAUACUCGUGGCAGCGAAAAAAUUGCGCAAAAGCGCCGUGCAAGCUCGGAGCCUAUUCCUCCAGAGGCUCAACGUCGCCGUCUGGCCUAG